AUGUUUAAUGCCGCUACUUUAUAUUUCUAUGGUAUUGAUGGUAAUAAAGAUGAAGCAUUAGGUAAAAAAUAUAUGAUAGCAGCUGCUUAUAAACAGCAUAAGCUAGCUAUUGAAUAUUGCAAGAAACAUGGCUUACCUUUGAAAUACCUACUCAAAGGCAUAUUACUUAAGUGUAUGGAAUAA